AAAGAGGAGGCUGGGACAAAAAGCAGCAGCAAGACGACCAGACAUCAUCAUCCUCCACUCUUGACUCAUUCAUUUACUGGCGGCAGCUUCUCCAACUCACAUAGGUCAGCAACCGCGCAAUGGCAUCUGGAGGUCCUGCGUUCGGCUGUGCAGUGGUGAUUGGCAUCGGGCCUGGUCUCGGCACAUCAGGUCAGCGAGUCAAUCAAAGUACCAGUCUGAGAUCUGUAGGUUCUCCCUUGCACCGAGAUCUGUGAUUUGGUGUUUGCGCUGCAGUGGCGAGAAAGUUCGCAAAGGAAGGGUAUCCAGUGGCUCUCGUGGCGCGGUCAGAAAAGCACCUCAAGCCCUUACAGGCCACCAUCGAGAAACAAGGUGCACACCUGACUUACAGGCGUCUUUGGCGGAUGCUUUUGUGUCCGAGUGCUUGGCGUGUGUAUGCAAUGCAGGUGGCAAGGCCCUCAGCGUGUGCGCCGACGCGUCGAGUGAGCAGAGCUUGAAGGACGCCUUCGGUGUCAUUCGCUCUCAGUUGGGCGACGUAGAAGUGCUGGUACGGUGGGUGCAUGACAGCAGAUAUGACAUGCAGAGAGCUCUUACUCUCUCUCUCUCCGUCUGUUUGAGAUGCAGGUGUACAAUGCCGGCGGUGGAAUGCCGUCGUGGCCGCCACCGCCCGUCAUGGAGCUUGACACGGCGGUGUUCGUCAACAACCUGCAAGUCGGUACGUGUUGAGCCUAGCUGUGGCUGCACCGCGUGUGAGAACGUAUCAGUGAGCCAUCCAUCCAUCCAUCCAUCUGUGCACUGUGUGCCGGCAAUGCAUCAUUGCAGGCUGCACCGGCGCCUUUGUCGCGAUCAAGGAAGUGCUGCCAGCCAUGACAAAACACAAGAAAGGUAGGUUAGGUAGGAAGGAACCACACACACACACACACACAGACAGACAGACAGACAGAGCCCAGACACACGGCGCUGUCUGUCUGUGUGCCAGGCACCAUUCUGCUGACCGGUGCGACGGCGAGCCUGAGAGGCGGGGCGAGGUUCGCUGCUCUGGCCGUGCACAAGUUCGCUUUGAGGGCUCUGGCCCAGUGUGUGGCUCGCGAAGUGCAGCCCAAUGGCGUCCACGUGGCGCACAUCGGUAAGCAGGUGUGUGUGAAGCAAAGUGUCUGCACAUCCACGGGCGGGUAUCUAUGUUUGUGUCUGUCUUUUUCCCUCGUUGGCUACAGUGAUUGAUGGGCAGAUCGGGGCGUCCUAUGCAGACGAGGGCGAAAUGACUUACCACAUCCGAAAGUCGUAGGCACACACAUCCACACACUCACACGCCCAUGCCCAUGAAAGCACCUGCCCAUGUGUCUGUGUGGUUGCAUCCGAUCCAUCCAUCCAUGCAGUCAGCCCGACCGUGCUGAGGACAGCUUCCUGAACCCCGACGCCAUAGCGGCCACCUACUGGCACCUGCACACCCAGGACAGAACAGCAUGGACUCACGAGCUGGAACUCAGGCCGUACGUCGAGAAAUGGUGACACUGCCAGGACAUCUCCCUCUGUCUGCCGCUCUCCCAUUUGGUUCUUUGAAAUUGAUCGGUCGGCCUUCCUCUUUUUUCGGGGGCAUUUGAAUGGCACCGCUUUGUUUGUUUGUUUGGUGAGUGUGUCGAGGCAUUUGGUCGGCCGGUGUAUAAGUGUAGCGGAUGAGGUGUGUG